CGACAGGUUGCUGAUGUCUCUCGUCAAGACGUAUCGCAAAGUGUCCCGGUGGAGAACAAAAGUGUCUUGUGUGGCAAAAGAUGGCAAAAACAUACGAUUACCUUUUUAAAUUGUUACUCAUAGGUGACUCGGGCGUAGGGAAAACCUGUGUGUUGUUUCGUUUUUCCGAGGACGCCUUCAACACGACGUUCAUUUCGACGAUCGGUAUCGAUUUUAAAAUCAGGACGAUAGACCUCGACGGCAAAAAAAUAAAACUACAGAUAUGGGACACAGCAGGUCAGGAGCGUUUCAGGACGAUCACGACGGCGUACUACCGAGGAGCCAUGGGCAUCAUGCUCGUCUACGACAUAACAAACGAAAAAAGUUUCGAAAACAUCAAAAACUGGAUCAGAAACAUCGAAGAGAACGCCUCGGCGGACGUAGAAAAAAUGUUGUUGGGUAACAAGUGCGAACUAGAAGAGAAAAGACAAGUGUCGAAAGAACGGGGCGAACAGUUGGCCAUCGAAUACGGUAUUAAGUUCAUAGAAACGAGCGCGAAAGCCAGCAUACGGGUCGAAGAGGCCUUCUUCACGCUAGCCAGGGACAUAAAAGCGAAAAUGGAGAAGAAGCUGGAGGCCAGCAAUCCCCCCAAAGGCGGCCACCAACUCAAGGCCUCAGAACCACAACGAAAGCCCACGAACUGGUUGUCCCGGUGCAGCCUGCUCUGACCAAUCGGCGGAGUUUAAACGCCCUUAUACUAAUCGUUCACAUCACAGCCUUAUGGGAGAGUCGGUUCUUUUCAUUUCCUGACGGACAGGAGACGUUCUUGCGCGGGGGGAGGCUUCGAAACCGGAGGUCGUCAGGUUGUGGUGUGGUGUGUAAGAUAGUCGGCGCGACAUGUCGUCCUGUGUCCUGUGACACCUGUACGUUAUUUUUUGAUCGAAAAUAGAGCAAAGAAAGCAGGCGAAAGGGACCAACUUUCCGUUGAUUCGAGCACUUUUCGGUUUUUCGUUGUUUCGUUCGAAGGCCCCGCUUUCCCUCACAGAGCACCGGACGGUAUGUCGGCGACUGAUAAUACUUAUGUGAUUAAGGGUAAUUAUUUUUUUACCGUUGUAUUUUUUUUAGAUAAUUUAUAGGUAUAUUUAUACGUGUGCACAUUAAAUUAAAGACAAUUGUAUUCUUGGUGGCAGUCCGGACGUCCCAUUACUAAAGUCAAUUACUGCUUUCGACUGGCAUUAAGAAUAUUGUUACGAUUCUUUGUUGUGAUUUUUUUACCAGUUGUGUCUGAAUUUGUUUUACUCCGCUAGCCCGAACAAGCAAAGUUUCUUGUGUACAGAUUUUGAUAUUUUUCAAGUAUUAUUUAGAAAUUCGACAGGGCGCGAUUCAUCUACAUCCAAAAACACCUUAGUUGCAAAAGUGGACAAACAAAGAUAUUAAAGGAAGACUAGAUUUUGUAUGUUUGUAUAUUUACAUUUCACAAAUUGUUUAAAAUUAUCGCCCUAUAGGUUUAGAGAUUACACUAAGUAAAUAAAAGUGAUGGAAAUCUUA